AUGGCAUCAGUAACAUCUAAGAUCUUCGCCAUCACUGGCGGUGCGUCUGGCAUGGGCGCUGCAACGGCGCGACUCCUGGCUCGUCGCGGCGCUGGCGCUGUAUGCAUCGGUGACCUCUCCACCCACCACUUCAGCGAUCUUAAGGAAUCGAUCAAGAAGAUCAAUCCUUCAACUGAAGUGCACUGUACUUCGCUGGAUGUUACAUCCCACUCCGCAGUUGAUGCAUGGAUACAGAAUAUUGUUUCCACAUUCGAUGACCUCCAUGGCGCUGCCAAUAUCGCUGGAAUCCCACAGGCUUCGGGCGUGAGGCAGGCACCAAGUAUCCUCGAAGAAACAGAGGAGGCAUGGCGUGAGAUAAUGAGCGUUAAUCUUGACGGGGUGUUCUAUUCCACCAAGUCAGAGGUUCGCGCCAUGACAGGCCUCAAACCAGGGCAGGAUCGAAGCAUUGUCAAUGUCGCGAGUUUGGUAUCCAUGCAGCACGUUCCAGACGUGUUUGCUUACGGCACAUCUAAGGGGGCUUGCGCUUACUUUACGGCGAGCGCUGCUAAGGAUACGUACCCUCUGGGUAUCAGGAUAAAUGCGGUUUCUCCUGGAGUUACAUCGACACCAAUGUUGGCCAAAUUCAAACCCAAUGCAAAGACAGAGGAGGAUUUCCGAGAAGCUUGGAAAUCUCACGGCCUGGAGACCAUCGAGGCCGAGGAUGUCGCGCGUACAAUUGUGUGGUUGCUUAGCGAAGAUUCACGGUGUGUGUAUGGUGCAAACAUCAAUAUUGGAGCUGGAGUUCCCUAA